GUUAGACUGGGACAGAGCGAAAGUGCGUGAGAGAAAGAUUUUAUAGGGAGGAGAUUUUGGGUAGAGAGAAAAAGAAAGGAGCAACACAAUAAAAGCAGCGCGCGCAUCUUUCGGGAAGCUUCUUUCUUUCUUCUUUUUUUUUGCGCCAGAUUUCCGGCCACAGAAUUGCAAUAUCGCAUUCUGCACUCUUCAGAAGUCUGGCUACUCAUUGAGCUUUAAAAAAAAUCUAUUUGGAUCUGUUCUGAUCUCCUCCUGAAUGAUUCCUCCCGCUCUGAAACCGACGAUGGAUUCCCUCAACGCUGUCGUGCGGUUCUUCACUAACCAGAAGACCAAAAUCGGAUAUGGAAUCAUGGCCAUUGCUACCAUCGGAGGAGAGAGGAUCUUCUCUCUCUUAUCCUUCCAGUGUCCGUGCAACGUAAAGCAAAACAUGGUCUACGGGCUCACCUACCUGCUCGGACCGGCGCUCGUGCUCUUCACCGUCGGCCUUUUCCUGAGCACGAGACUCUGGCGCCUCUACACGGGCUGCUGCCUCAACCCCAAAAAACUCUGUCCUCACAGGUCGAACUGCGUGGGCUGCUUAUCCGUACUGUUUAGCGUGGUAGUCGGAGCGCUCGUGGCACCGAUCAUGUGGCUCAGCAUCGCUUUGCUGAAUGGGACCUUCUACGAGUGUGCAGUGAGCGGUUUGGACGAACCGGCACUGGUCGAAUGGUUUUGCAAAAAUAGGACGAACACGUGCAAGGACGAGCUGGCCAAAGUGCCUUGUGGAACGUCCAACAUGCCAGUCUCAGACACCAAGGAGCUUCUGCUAAUCCUACAUGCCCAGUCUCAGAUCUUCGGCUGGAUCCUGAUCAUGAGCUGCGUUUUGGGCGGUCUGGUUGGCACGUGUUACAAAAACUGUCGCUCUCAAGUCAGCUUCCUUCAGCUCACCUUCUGGAAAGUGUACAAGGAGAAAGAGAGCGAGAAGUUUGAAUCGUUCGCCGACGAGUACGCCACCCGGCUGGCUGAACGAAACCUCAAGAGCUUCUUUGAGAACAAAGACCCCGAGCCGUUUCCUUUCCCGAACCACAAAGCCUGGGAGCAGAUCUCCACCAUAUACACGUAUGAUCACGGCGAGCAGUAUUACAGCACGCUGCAGAGAUACGUGGAGCAUCCUAAUCGUGACUACAGUCCUGAGAAAGUACCACUGGAAAUGGAACACAGCAUCGAUUAGACACGGACCUUACAACUUGCGCUUGACUGACCAGCUAGCAUUGCAGCAUAGCUGGCAAAUAAAUCUGGUGAGAUUUUUAAUGCACUUGCCAAAAUGUUGGCAAAACUUUUUUAUUUUUUACUUGCGGAUCAAUGAUGUUUCAUUAAUUUCCUUUAAACUUUCUCAUCUCUAACAGCUUAUUGAACAACUCCGUAUAAGAACGAUUCAAAAGACUCAUCCCAAAUGAUAUAAAUUCAUACGCAUUUAAUCCGCUUACUUAAAUAUCGUCCAUGUCAGCAUUCCGUCCUUAGAGAACCCAAGAAAGUUGUCUCUAAUAAUUCUGCUUUUAGGCCAAAAUCGUUGGGAAAAAGUCUACUUUACAUACUAUAUUUUAAGCAAAAUGUUUUUAUUUCUUUCGUGUAAGCUCGUAUAACGUAAGUCAAUUUGUUUCGCAUUAAAUUAAAUGAACAGUAUGUAGGAUAAACUGUUAUAUUUUUAAAUUAAGAAACAAUAGAUUCAGGAAGGUGCCGUUGUAUAAGUGGAAUAAAACACUUCGGUGCUGUUAGAAGAAAAGAAAUAACUCAGGUUGGUUCCUGUACAGUCCAGCAUGUCUGCAUGCGUCAGGUCACGUCGCUCCAUUCUGUCGUUGAUUAUUUUCCCAUAACAACAUGAUGUUGCUUUCUUCUAGUUACAUUAACACCAUGAGCCAUCCUUUUUCUCUGAGUGUUGUAGAGAUCGUCAGAUAUCAGUGCUUUGGAUAAUCCUGUUACUUGUUAAAUCUACAAACAAAUCUACAGUUGUGAAAACGCUGCCUGCUUUUCCUUGUUAAAAUGUUUUUUGGGGGUUUUUUUGGCAAGGAAUUUUUUUCGUGCUGUAUUUUUCCACCAUUGAGUAGAUUCCUCUUGGGAGGGAUCCUUAAACGUUCCAUCUAGCACUUUUAAACAGAAAAGUUUUUUCAUUGCAAAGUGUCUAAGCUUAGAACUGUUACUAUAUUUAUUUAUUGUACAGUCGAAGCCGUUAUAGCUGUCUGGAUUUUGUGAGAUUCUGUCAUAAUCUGUUAGCUGUUGCUGUUACAUGUUGUCUUAUGUAAAGAAAUCACUUAAGUUGCUUUCCUUAAACAUAUGCACUCUUGAUCAUUUGAUUGAAUAAACCAGACAUUUGGGCAUACAAAGCGUUCG